AUAUUCCCUAACCUACCUACGGCGAAGCCUGCGUUCCGUGCAGCCGCAUUGACGGUAAACACAAGAAAGGUAACCGGCGCAUGAGCAGCAGCCAGGGGAACAUUAUUCCACAUCGCAUCACAAACCGUUCAUGGCGUCUUCGCAAGAGAUGCACUGCUUUUCAAAGCGAUGAUUUUAUAAAAGCCUGAAUUUUCACAAUGGUGUUUGCUCUUUAAAUUCACGUACAGGAGAAAUCGCGAAGUCUUUUGUCGUUUCCAGAGAAAGACUAUGGGUUCGGGCGCCUCCGAUCCCUGGCUAAUCUCACCAAAUAUUGUCACAAUUGAAAAUAUUUCACUGGAACCGAGGCACAUGCGGCAUUUGGAAUACCUCUACAGGACGACCUCGACCAAAAACACAACCAGAUAUGGAGUGAUUUCGUGAACGCCAACCGCGGAUAUGUAAGAAGAACUGUGACGUUUUGGGAUCCACACAACUGGCACAAGAUAUCACAGAAGCAGAGAUUAGAAACAGCUGACGUUUUUUUCUGUGUGGACAUCAGCAUAUCACCAGAGUAUGCCAUCUGCACCCAUCCUCAGAGUUCUAAGACCCCUCUUGCUCGGAACCUUUCUGCUAGGAUGUUUCGUGACGUUGUUUUUAAUGUACCUCAAACCCUCCACGAGUUGGCUGUCCGGUCCCGUCGAAUCGGAGACGUCCACGAUACGCGCGAAGGGUCUUCUGUCCAACCGCAGCCAGCAGAAUCAGACCACCAUCCUGGUGUGGCUCUGGCCCUUUGGCCAGACGUACGACCUCAGCGUCUGCAGCUCCCUGUUCAACAUCGAGGGCUGCCACGUGACGGCGGACAGGAACCUGUACAACAAGUCCGACGGCGUGGUCAUCCACCACAGGGAUAUUUCCAGCGACUUGUCCAACUUGCCGCCUCUCUACCGCCCGGCGUUGCAGAAGUGGGUGUGGAUGAACCUGGAGUCUCCUUCCCACUCCUCCCAGUUGCCUGGCAUCGAGAAUCUGUUUAAUCUGACUCUGAACUACCGCCAAGAUGCCGACAUCGAAGUGCCUUACGGGACCAUCGUCGCCAACCAGGGAGACGAGGAGUUUGUGCCGCCUAGCAAGACCAAGCUGGUGUGCUGGAUUGUGAGCAACUGGAACCCAGACCAUGUCAGAGUCAAGUACUACAAUGACUUGUACAAACACAUUGAGGUUCAUGCUUAUGGACAGGCUUUUGGAGAAUACUUGUCCGACCAAGAUUACUUCCCAACUAUUGCCAGCUGUAAGUUUUAUCUCUCGUUUGAGAACUCCAUCCACAAGGACUACAUCACAGAGAAGCUCUACAACCCUCUCUCCGUGGGGACGGUUCCUGUGGUGCUGGGUCCGGCCCGAGAGAACUACCAGAACUUCCUCCAAGGAGACGCUUUCAUUCACGUGGACGACUUCUCGUCGCCCAAAGAGCUGGCCGAGUUCCUUCUGCUCCUGGACAAGAACGAGGAGAUGUAUCUGAGGUACUUUGAUUGGCGCAAGCACUUCAAGGUGAAGAAGGCGUACUUCUGGGCCGAACACACGUGCCUCGCCUGUGACUACAUACGAAGGCACAACGAGUACAAGACUUUCAACAACCUGGACAAAUGGUACUGGGGUUGAUUCAGGGCUGGACAAAUGGUACUGGGGUUGAUUCAGGGCUGGACAAAUGGUACUGGGGUUGAUUCAGGGCUGGACAAAUGGUACUGGGGUUGAUUCAGGGCUAUCUUUCUUUGUGGCCAAGGUGAAGGUGUCUUACUGGGGUGAAGAACUCAACCAUUAUUUAUUAUACACUUCUAAGGGUAGAUCCAUGGGUUUUUUUUUGUGCAAUGGCUCAGAGUGAUGCAUUUUUAUACUUAAUAUGGCACUGUAAUGUUUUCCUUUUCUGGUUAAAAUGUGAAAAUGGGAUCCAUAUGCGGAGAAGUCCCGUUGUAAAAAAAAUUGAUGUGAUUCUGUCGAGAUUAAAAAGAAAUAUGAAUAAUUGUUAUGAGAACAAUAUUUAUACAAUAUAUUAAUUAUUUAUUUUACUUUGACAUUGUACCAUAAAAUGUUUAUUGAUAUUAGUGAUGCUGUCAUCUAUGCAGUGUUUACACAAUUUCAAUGGUGAACAUAGUGCAUCUACUGUAAAAUAUGUGUGUACAGUAACUAUUUUUUGAGAAUUAUUUUCCAUAUUUUUGUAUGGAUGUACUUGUACAGACUGCUCCCUGGUAGACUCCCUUGGUCAUGUGAGAAUGAUAGUCUAUUUUUGAACACUGACUCCACUGUCUACUGUAGAUGAAGAGAUUUGUUUCAUGUGACAGAUACACAAUGACUAAUUAUCGGUAUCUUUUUAAUUAGGCAAUAUACUACAUCUUGUGUCCGGUGCAGCUUAGAAAUCGAUGAUAAAUACAAUUAUUGUAUUUUUUUUCUGAAAGAAACCGUGGAUGAUGAAAUGAGAGCACAAAUUUAGCACUAUGUGUACAUGAGGAGGCCUUUCCGGGUAGACAGGAGUAUAUUUUGAAGGGUUUUCAGAGUAACAUCCAUGAAGGCCCCCUGGUGUGUAGGGAGGAAGUGUGUUAAUGUGUAUAUGUGUAUGAAUGAAUUGCACACUGGUUAAUCCACCAAUGUGAUGUCUGAGCAUAGUGGACUCUGCUAUGGGCUUAAUUGGUAGAAGCUUUGAUAUGAGGCCCCUUCAACUCUGUUUUUCUGUACAUAGAUGUCCACUAACCUGUGGCUGAUGAUGUACACAUGAUGCGACUUUGAUUGUGGGACAUUGGUGGUGGACGGUUUGAUUCCUAUAACGCAACUCUCUCUAUAUAAGCUCACACAAUCCAAUGUGAAAGAUUGUUGUUUUUUUUGUUUUGUUUUUGUUUAUGAAGUCCAACCAGCUCUGAGCAGGAAGUAAUACAGACAAAAAGCACACACAAUAAUCAAAAAUCUCCACAGCAGAAUGUUUGUGUCCAUCAAUGCUUGUGUAUAUUGUCAGAUUAUGUUUACAUAGUAUACAUACUUAAUCCAUAUCAAAUACUUGGGACACAUUGGUGUAAAUGGUCUUGUCCAGGCCAAAUGUGUGCUGUAUGCCUGUAACACCAGUUGUUUGCUUACUCAUGUUGCAUUACUGAAGGUAAAGGCAGGUGGUCUUAUUCUGUAGUGCUUUUAAGAAGUAUUCACCCCCUUGGACAUUUUCAACAUUAUCAUGGUCGAUUUAUUUUGAGAUUUCUUUUACUUUUUAGGCCCUAAUUUGAAUGAUGGGCAAAGUCCUAAGACUAAGUACAACUCAUUUAAAAACUCUAAACCAAUUCUAUUUGCUAGUUUAACACCAUGGGCAAAACCUUAAAGGCAAGCAUUGAUGACUCCGCCCACUGCUCAUACUGUACGUGUCACAUGAUGACACAUGAUUCCUACAUGAGAACUCUGCUUUUUGAGACUUCGGACUUUGGCUCACCAUUUAAAUUAGGACCCAUUAUGUCGAAGUUAAAAAUGAAUCUUUGCAAAGUUAUCUAAAUGAAUCCAAAAUAUCAAACACAGUAAUAAAUGAAUCCUGGUUCAAUAUGGUAGAAGGAUGAAGGGGUAAAAACUUUUUAGGCCGAUGGCUACUUUUUAUAGGCACUGCGGAUCUCAGUCCUGCGCCUUUAGCUUUUAAUAGUUGUGGAGGCCAGAUGGAGCUGGACAGGAUGUGUAAUACCUCUGUGGUAAAAUAUUGAUGCUCCAUGCAAGAUAAUCCUACUCUUUGGAUAAAUAUCUAUCCAUGCCGACCUUUUGAAAAUGUUUUGCAUUGUUACGGUCAGGGGGACCAUCUGUUUUGGGUAGGGGAUAACACAGUUUUGCCACAGUUUGUCAGAACUUACUCGUUAUGUAACCAUAAUCUGUAUAUAACCUUCAACGUCUGGCACAAACUUGAGAUUUUGUGUUAUUUACACAGUCAAACAAAAACGGAAAAAAAAGCUCACAUACAGAAUAUUGUAUCCGUGAGUUAAGAAAAACAAAAACAUAAGCUCUGUGUCUGUUUUAAGUGUAUAUCUACAGUACUUGACGGUUAUGAACACCUCUUGUAAAUAUCUGUGUUGUUCAAGUUUCUAUCUGACAUGUGUCUGGGUUCCUGGGCGGCAGCUUACACUGGGCCACAACUGAGCCGGAACAGGGCCAGAUCUGUCCCACGACCGGCUGACCGUCGGGGAGGGGUGGGAGAUGAAACUGUGAAAAUGAGCUCAUUGUAACCUAGACGAAUAAGACUGGUGCUAUGAAGUAGAAAUCCGCAGAGGAUUAUGGUGAACAUGGCAGUGUGUGUGUGUGUGGGGGGGACAAUGCUUUCAGUGUAACUGAGGAGACGUUUACUGUCACAUGAGGCAGUUUGGGAGAGGAGAAGAAUACAGAGGCUUUUUGGAUUAGCGCUAAUCCCUUUCCAUGCUAUCAAAUUGCCUUCAUCUUCCUGACUUUCUGCAGAUAUAGCAGUCUCAUUCAUCCUUACAUUGUGACUUGGACCUGCUCUGCUUAGGGGUGUAUCUGGCUUUCUUUGCUUCACAAUUUGUCAUCACACAGCAUUCUCAGAAAGAAAGUGUGUGUGUGUGAGAGAGAGAGAGAGAGAGAGAGCAAAAGAUUGAGAGUGUGUGAGAAAGAGAGUGCCUGUUAUAUCAUAUUGUAUAGGACAAGCUUUAUGUGUGAAACAGGUUUCUUGUUGGCUGGGGCUAGUCUAGUCCAGGUCUGGCCCAUCUCUCUUUUCCUCUCUGCCGUGCUCAACUCAUGUUCUUUUCUUUACCUCCUCUUGGGUCCCCUUUAUGCUGGUCCUCGGAUGAGUAGCGUGUUAGUAAUCUGGACGUGCCUCUGAUUCUGUCUGCCGUUGUGGUCUCAUACACGUUGGCCGAGUACCCACAUGCUGGCUGGGAAUGACAUAUGUCCUCUAUGCAUCAUGAAGCAGGAACAGCCCCUGUGGACUGGACAGAGCCCCUGGCGUUCGACCUACACUGGCUGUUUAGCAAACUGGUCAUAGCAAAAAUGUCUGCCAAAACGUAACUUGCCAAAUGUUUUGCUGUAGAUGUCUGUAGGCGUCAGAAAAAUAAAGAUGAAUUGAAAAAGUGA